AUGGCAAAACCUAACGCCCAAAAACACGAACCCUCACCUUCUCCGUGGGGUACUUUGGAGGACCUCCUCCUCGCCUUCGCCGUCAACCGCCAUGGAAACGCUGCUUGGGAUUCCAUCGCUUCCGAACUCCGGAAGCGCUCUUCACAACCGCCGCUGCUUCUCACGCCUACAAAUUGCAGGCUAAAAUAUCUCGAUCUCAAACGCCGCUUCGCCUCUCCGAAUCAUGAUUCCAACGACGGUGAAGGCGACGAUGACGAUAAAUCCGACGCCGCGCCGUUGCUCGAGAAACUCAGGAAAUUGAGAGUGGCGGAGCUCCGUCGAGAAGUGCAACGUUACGAUCUGAACAUCGAGUCGUUGGAGUCGAAGGUGAAAAAAUUGGAGGAAGAGCGAGAACGAAGUCUGAAAGAGGAGAGCGAAUCGGAUCCAGAGAAAAAAAUCGCAGAGAACACAUGUAUCGAAGCGGAGUCGGAGCCGGCGACGGCGACCGCCGGAGAACCGGUCACCGGCGAAGAAUCGGAGAAGGAUCAAUUGUCGGUGAACGAAUCGAAUUCUACAGAUCUCGGAGCGGAGAAGUUAAAGUCCGGAGAGAAAGAGCCAGAACCGGCUCGAAUGGGAGAAGAUGGUGAUGCACAGAAUCGAACCGGGCAGGUGAGCGAAGAGCCGACCGAGUUGAAAUCAGAACCGGAUCUGAAGUUGAUCCCCGAGGACUCCUGCAACGGAAGUUCGAAUAGCAUAGAGAAAUCCGACCGGAAGCCCAAAGGAAAACCGGAAAAUUAUUCGACCGGUUUAGUUGAACCGGAUGCUGCGUCGGACAGCGGCGGUGAAGAGGCGACCAAGGAAAAUUCUGAUGUGCAGAGUUCCGCAAGUAGAUCGAGGAAGAAGGAGAAAAAUGUUAAGAUGCGUCGCGAGCGUACGAAUGGCGAUGAGCGCGAACGCGAGGAUCAAUCUCGUGCCGUAAAAGACUUGACAGCUGAAUCGCAGCCGUUGGCUGACUUCCUGCAGUGCAUCCGGGCUCAGAAAUUCGGCUCCCUUUUUGAACGGCGGCUCCGGAGCCAGGAAACGUCAAAAUAUCAGAAGCUGGUUCUUCAACACAUUGAUCUUACGACAAUCGAAACAAGGUUAAAAGAGGGGUGGUACUCGGGCUCCUCGAGCAAGUUCUUCCGAGAUCUUCUUUUGCUAGCAAACAAUGCUGUAAUCUUCUUCGGCAAGAAGUCCUCCGAGGCCAAAGCCGCCACUGAGAUGAGACAGUUCAUCUCAAAAGAGCUUUCGGAGAAACAAGAAGACGGGUCGAAUUCUCCAUCGAGGAAGCAAGUCUCAUUGAAGUCCCUGUCACUGUCCAAGAACGAAGAACAACAGCCCCCUCCUCAACCUGUGCCCCUCAAGCCUAGAAUAUCAAACCCCCUGAUAGUUUGCCGCAAGCGCAGUUCUCUUGCAGCAAAGGCGGCGGCGGCGGCGGCGGCGGCGGGAUCAGGAACUAGUGCUAGUAAAAAGAAAGAGGAGAAAGAUACAAAACAGCAUUCGCCGCAACCGUCAGACAGCAGUUCAGACGAGCCUAAAAUCACCAAGAAGAGGACAAGAGACAGAUUCUCUUCAGUUCCGGCCAGGACAAAGAAAAAUGGGAAGAACCAAUCCAACCACAGCAAUAGAACCUCAGCAGCUGCUUCAGACUCGCAGCAGCAGGGAAAGGGCGGCUCAUCGUCUUCCUCGCCCAAGAGCGACAACAACAAGAAGAACCAGUCAUCGACAUUGGAGUCCAAGAAGCGUGGGGCAGCUAACUUCUUGAACAGAAUGAAGCAGCAAGGCUCAGACAACGGGGCGCUGGUCGAUGCAUUGAAGAACAGGCCGCUGACUAGCGAACGCGCCACCACUUCCAAAGGGGAAGGGUCCACAGAGCAGCAGCGGAAGAAGAAAGAUAAUGGCAAGAGCGGUGAGAAAAAAGAAGCUGCUUCUACUGCAGCAGCAACUAAGACCAGGCAGCCUGCCAAGGAGAAGGAAAAAGAAAAGGAAAAGGAAAAGAGUAGCCCCGGGAAGAGGAACGUGGGAAGGCCACCGAAGAGAGGAGCUGCGGCAGCUCCUCCGGUGGUGCUGGGUAAGCGCGGCAGGGAAAAAACACAAGACACAGAAACUAAAACUCCGACGCCAAAACAGGCCAAGAAAAGAACAAGGAAGCAAUAGUGUGUUUUUAUUAUAUUGGUUUGGUAUGGUAGGUUAAAGGGCCGGGGCCGGGGCCGGGGCCGGGGCCUGGCGGAGGAGGGAUCUAGCUAGAGCUAGGGCUAGAGCUAGUUUAAUGAUAAGAGGAAAAUCGUGCAUUUAUAUACUUUUUAUAUUUAUAUUUAUGCAUUACUAUUACUAUUACUAUUAUUAAUAGUAUAUUUGUAUUGAGUUAGUUCCAUCCA